GCCAGCCAGUCAGUGUGGUUCGUGACGCCGUGGAGGGUGGAUGUACGCCCGUGUCGCUCCUGAGACCUCGCUGUCCCUCGGCGUUGGGGCGAACUGUACGGAGAGACUUUGGGAGUUGUUGGUGGUUUAGUGUUCUGUUAAUUUUCCCUCCCCCGACUUUUGUGGAAGGAUUGAUUUGUGUGUACAUGUACGAGGAGGAUGUGAUGAGCGAUUGAGAUUUGGAAGUUUUUACUUGAUUUUUUUGUUUUUUUUUAGUUUGAUACCAUUUUUUGGAUACUUUGGUUUUCAAGUCCUUAGAGCACGCGAGUUCUAUCCCGACUAUUUUGUUGUAGUAAACGUGAGACUCGCCUCUUUAGAAACUGAUUUUAAAAAAUGAUGAUGUGUCCUGAGCGUUGGGUCAAAGCUACGAAGGCGAAACUAUGAGAAAGAGGAAGAAGGCGAGCUCAGAGGAACCGCUGACGAAGAGGAAGAAGAGGAAGUGAAUGAUGAGGAAGAGGGCAAGAGGGAGGAGACCAGGUGGCGUUUGGACAUUACGCGAGCAUUACAUGCAUUGCCUCCCUCGCUGCGUGUAGUAGUCGUUGCACAGUGCACAUGCAGGACCCUUGGAUUCCGUCGCCCCCUUAUUUAUUUAUUGCUCGCCCCCCCGUCGCGGAUCCAGGAACGGUGGCGGUCGCGCAGGAGAGGCCUAGCCACCUCCUCCUCGGUCGAGUGAGAGGCCAAGAGGAGUACUGAACACGUACAGGGAGAAAGAGGAGUCGGACUGGGAAAAAAGAGGAGCUAAGACCGCGCGAGGGAAAGUGAAAAGUUCACAAGGACUUUAACUCGACUUGUACGGAGGACUGCACCCCGCGGUCCCGAGCGGAGGUUUCUGUGCUGUGGUGUUACGGUGUUCGUGAUGGUGUUACGCUUGUGCUCUGACCUUCCGCCGUGUUACUGUGACGUGGUGCUCGGCUCGAGGUGGAGGAGGAGCAGCAGCCAGUAGCCAGCCAGCUGAAGGAACAAGUUUGAGUGUUGGAUGAAAGGACGACAUAACGACCAGCGUCAAGGAUGGAACGGCCGCUGGUGCGACGAAGACACGCCAGGGAGGACUACGACUUCGGAUGGGCGCCCUUGAGAGCCAGCCAGCUCGCGUCGCCGCAGGUGUCUUCGUCCCCGUCUCGCCAUGAGGACCGCGAGAGGAGGCGCCGGCGAAGGAGGAACUCCGGCGACCGCGACCGCGACUCCUCCGGCCGCAGGGAUGGGCGCUCCAAGGGCGGCCGCGACGAUCGGAGGGCGCUCCCCACAGACUAUCGGGGCGCCCUGGCCAAGUUCGCGCCCCCGGCCCCCCACGCCCUCCUCAAGAAGAUCGGCAGCAAGGACGUGCAGGGCCUCGGCAAGGUGAGUGUCCCGUCGCGCCGGCAGGGAGGUCCCCGGGCGGUUUUGCUCGCCCGGAGGAGCUCUCGGCCCUGGCUUUCGGGCACAGGCAUGUUUCCUGCCAGGGUUGUCUCCCUUAAUCCUUGGCUAAAAAGCCUUAAGCCUGAGGGCACAGGCGUGGAAGUUGGCUGUGAGACCAAAGACCACAGGCACUCUAGUGCCAUAGCCAAGGCACAGAUAAAGCGCUGGAUGCCAUCACAGUAUUCAUAA